AUGUACCUCACCCAAGGCUUCUUUGCCGCUGCCCUUUUGCAGCUGGCAUGUGCUGCACCAGCACCCCAGGCUACGAGCACCAGCUCUCUGAGUUGUGUCAAUUCCGCCAGUAACGGCCAAACCUACAAUGGGUUCACUGUUCAAUGUGGUAUCGACUACGCUGGAAACGACAUUGGUUCCGCCUGGACAUCGACAUUUGAGGACUGCAUCGACACCUGUGCUGCCACUAGCGGUUGUAUUGAUGUCUCGUACCUCGGGAACUGGUGUUACAUGAAAAACGCCGCCGGUAGCUACAAUACUAAUUCUGUCUGGGGAGCCAAGAAAGGCAGCUCGUCACCGGCUCUCUCAUGUCCCAGUGCCGAUGGCCAGACCUACGACGGCUUCACCAUUGCCUGUGGCACCGACUAUGCUGGUGGAGAUAUCGGUAGCCUUUGGGCUGGGACUCUCGAAUCCUGUCUCGACGCAUGUUCAGCAAAGAGUGGCUGUGUCGGGGCUGCUUACGCCGCGCCAUAUUGUUAUAUGAAGAACUCUAUCAACUCCGCGUCUAGUAACGCUGCUGUCAUUGGUGCAAGACUUUCCUCGAGCACAACCACGACUACAACCACGAGUACAACCACGACUUCAUCCACUUCAGCUACAGCCUCCGCCACGCUCUGCAGUAAUGGAAACACCGGUACUUCGACAUACACCUCGAGUGGGAAGAGCUUUAGUGUUGCUUGUGGUUGGGACUACUACGGAUACGAUUACUCGAAUCUUCAGACAGCAGACCUUGAGUCUUGUAUCUCAAGUUGUGCGUCUGACAGCCAAUGUGUUUCUGUAUCUUGGACAAAUGGGUGGUGUUACUUGAAGAAUACGGUUGCGGUUGGUGCGGCAAACUCCAAUGUUAGGGCCGCUGCUCUGAGCUCAGCUUUGUCGACCGCGACUACAACCACGUCGACAACUUCCACCACUACCACUACCACGAUCCCAUCGACCACUACAACCACUACGGCCGUACCAUCCACCACAACUUCGUCGGUUUUGACUACCACAACGACGGCGGCUACGACUUUGACUACGACUACUACAAGCACAACUACCUCGCCGACGACCACCACGACAACUACGACUACUACUCGUGCCUCUGUCGUCACCAGUUUUGCAUCAACCGUUACCGGAGCAGUUCAGACGGGAGCCAUAUCUUGCUCCGAUAAUGCUUCAGACGGAAACAUCUAUACUGCUGCCAGUGGUUCUCAGUGGCAGAUCUAUUGCCAGACGGACUUCUACGGUGGAGAUCUUAAAAAUGCCGCGGCGUCUAGCCUGAGUGAUUGCAUCGAGCAGUGCGCUAAGACCUCUGGAUGUAUAGAUGUCUCUUACAACGGUCGCUGUUACCUGAAGAGCACUCUCACAAAAGCCGUGACUAACUCUGGUCUCGACAAUUACUUCGACUACCUCAAGCACCACCUCAAGCACCACCACGAGCACGACCACCAGCACUACCACCAGCACUACCACCAGCACUACCACGACGAGUACAACGUCCAGUACGACUACGAGCUCGGCUACUACCACAACCACAACUUCCUCAACAACCCCAACCCCAACUACGACAAGUACUACAACUGUCGCGACCACUAG